UCUAACAGUCUUGAAGUCAGCAUGGACAUGAAUUUGUCAGCGCGUUGUGCUUUGGUUCUUUUUCUGUUGGCAUUUGUAGAUUUGAAAAUAGUCUCUGCUGCAGAAACGGGAGGCACAUCUACAGCAAAGCCUGGAGUGUGCCCUCGUAGACGAUGGGGCGUAGGAAUAUGUGCAGAGUUAUGUUCCAAUGACAGUGACUGCCCCAAUGAUGAAAAAUGCUGCCACAAUGGAUGUGGGCAUAACUGCAUUGCACCUUACACAGCAAAGCCUGGAGUGUGCCCUCGUAGACGAUGGGGCGUAGGGACGUGUGCAGAGUUCUGUUCCGAUGACAGUGACUGCCCCAAUGAUGAAAAAUGCUGCCACAAUGGAUGUGGGCAUAACUGCAUUGCACCGUACACAGCAAAGCCUGGAGUGUGCCCUCGUAGACGAUGGGGCGUAGGGACGUGUGCAGAGUUCUGUUCCAAUGACAGUGACUGCCCCAAUGAUGAAAAAUGCUGCCACAAUGGAUGUGGGCAUAACUGCAUUGCACCGUACACAGUGCCGAUCCCCCCGAAGGCAGGUCAGUGCCCGCUGCUAAUGAAUGUCAUGCCGUCACACAAGGGAUGUGUCCGCGAUGAGGACUGUCCUAAAGAUGACAAAUGCUGCAUCUUUGACUCUGACGCCUUGUGUGUCCCACCUGACUUCACAAAGCCUGGAGUGUGCCCUCGCAGACGAUGGGGCGUGGGGAUGUGUGUGGAGUUCUGUUCCAAUGACAGUGACUGCCCCAACGAUGAAAAAUGCUGCCACAAUGGAUGUGGGCAUGACUGCAUUGCACCGACACAGGUAGGAUAUGGUCCCAGAGUGACAGAUACACACAUCCACUGCAUUCAUUAUUGAUGCAUUACUCUGGAAACAAGA